UACAAUCCUUCCCUCUCACUCACCCGCCCCAUGUAACAUGCACUUUCCAACUCACUUUCCACAACUACUAGAGGAGUCUGCUUCUCCUUGAGGAACGUUACGUUUUCAAAUUUCAUUUCUUCCUUUUUAACUUUGUAUUUUUAAGUUUUUAUUUAUUUGGCCCCGAUCUGCAGAGUUGGGAUAUUUACAUGCUGUUUUUGUUGUAUUGGACCUGACUAAAUCCUGUGAAAAAAUUACCAUCUUGCACUGUUUUGGAAAAAAAAAGUGACAAUUUUGGAAUUCGGAUUUUUUGAGUUUUUCAGGCUUGGACUAUUUGGCGUUGGCGUCAUGUGGAGUUAAUGUCUUAUAGUUUCGGCUGGGUAUUUGGAGGGGGCAACGUCUUGUCAUCUUCAGGAUGGGACUUAUGUCUGGGAUGCUGUUUUUCCUGGGAACAUUGGGAGCUGUAUUAGCACAGAAUGGCAUUCAUUUCACAAUGGACCCAUCUAACAUCACUUUGUCUCUUGGGAAGGACAUUGUGCUUCGGUGCACUCUAACAGUGAAUAGUGAUGCUGAUAUCCCAGACGUAGAAUGGCUAAGAGAUAAUGAACCCUUGGACUAUGCCGAUAUCAAUCAGAUCCAGAUGCCACAAGAUGAUGAUACCUGGUUGGCUAUCAGUGAACUAAGUAUCCAUUCAUUACAAUUGUCGGACGCUGGCUGGUAUCAGUGUGCAGUGGAGGGCGAGGAUGAGAAGAUCUUGUCUGAACCAGCAUUCCUGAAAUUGGAAGGUCUGCCAAUCUUCACCGAUGAACCAGAGGACAUGCAUGUCUACCCAAAUGUGCACUUUAAUCUCAGCUGUGAUGCUCAUGGUCCUCCUGGUCCUGUAUCCGUCAUAUGGCUACAAGAUGGUUUUCCUUUGAACUCCCUUGUCGAUGAACUGGCUUCAACACCUUCAUUGCUUCAAGUGAAAGGUCUCAAUAAAUCCUCUUUGUUCUCCUGUGAAGCUCAUAAUGGAAAAGGUGUUACCACAUCCAGGACCGCAACUAUUAAAGUUCUACCUAGAGAACCAAAAGAACUGACUUUGGUGACUCGAAGUACCACCCAACUGGAGAUAUCAUGGCAGCCUGGAGAGAGUGGUGCUCACCCAGUAUAUGUGUGUACAGUGCAGGCGACUGUUCCUCAUAGCCACCUCCGUACUUCUCCACACCAUAAGAUCUACAACCAGAACAUCAAUGUGCCCCCCUAUACUCAUAUAAUCAGUGACCUCACUCCCUACUCUACUUACAAUGUUCGUGUGGCCUGCCUGAACAGUGAGGGGGUGUCCAAGUGGACAGAAUGGGUCCCGAUGGAGACCAUGGAAGGAGUUCCAUCUGGCCCUCCCCAGAACGUCACUGCGAUAAAGAACGAGACCAUGAUCAAAAUCACAUGGAGAGAGCCAGGAGAGCCGCAGAAUGGUAUAUUGAGGGGUUAUAAACUGGCCUACCAAACUAAGGACCAACCAGAGGUCGUGGUCGAUGCUGGUCUGACCAAUGAGGUUAUCUUGGAGAUGCAGCAGCCCGUGGACAAUCUUACUGUCAGGGUCUCCUGUUAUACAGUUUCUGGGGAUGGUCCUUGGAGUGAUCCAGUGUUUGCUACAGUCUCUAGCUAUGAUUCCAAGUCUCCUCAAGCAGUCAGAGAUAUGGCCUCAUCUAUUUUUUCCUGGCAUUGGUGGUACGUGAUGCUGGUGGUUGCUGUUGCAGUUCUUGGUGCCAUCGCAGGUGCUAUAUUCCUUGCACGUGCCCGAAAGAAAGAGACACGAUAUGGGGAGGCCUUUGAACCGACAGUGGAGCAAGGAGAACUUGUGGUCCGGUACCGAGUAAGAAAGUCUUAUAGCAGAAGAACCACAGAAGCCACCUUGAACCGACUGGGCAUUAGUGAUGAUCUUAAAGAGAAACUACGAGAUGUUAUGGUGGAUCGACACAAACUAACACUUGGCAAAACACUUGGAGAAGGAGAAUUUGGCUCGGUCAUGGAGGGUCAGUUGAAUCAAGACGACUACAUUCUCAAGGUGGCUGUGAAGACCAUGAAGAUUGCCAUCUGCACCCGCACCGAGAUGGAAGAUUUCCUGAGCGAGGCUGUGUGCAUGAAGGAAUUCGAUCAUCCCAAUGUCAUGCGUCUCAUUGGAGUGUGUCUUCAGAAUACAGAGAAUGAAGGAUAUCCAUCGCCUGUUGUUAUAUUGCCAUUCAUGAAACAUGGAGACCUGCACAGCUUCCUUCUGUACUCUCGGCUUGGAGAUGCUCCGCUGUACCUCCCAACACAGAUGUUGGUGAAGUUCAUGACAGACAUAGCCAGCGGCAUGGAGUAUCUAAGCAGCAAGAACUUCAUCCACAGAGACCUGGCUGCCCGGAAUUGCAUGUUAAAUGAGAACAUGAAUGUCUGUGUGGCGGACUUUGGUUUGUCCAAGAAAAUCUACAAUGGAGAUUAUUAUAGACAAGGUCGGAUUGCCAAAAUGCCAGUCAAAUGGAUUGCAAUAGAAAGCCUGGCAGACCGGGUGUACACCACCAAGAGUGAUGUGUGGUCUUUUGGAGUUACUAUGUGGGAAAUUGCAACAAGGGGCCAAACGCCUUAUCCUGGAGUGGAAAACAGUGAAAUCUAUGACUACUUGAGACAAGGGAAUCGGCUAAAGCAACCACCAGAUUGUCUGGAUGGAUUGUAUGAGUUGAUGGCAAGUUGUUGGCAGUUAAAUUCCAAGGAUCGUCCAACUUUUGAAACACUUCACGCAGAACUGGAGAAAAUUCUUAAGAAUUUACCUCCAGCCAAAGACCCUGAAGAAAUCCUCUAUGUCAACAUGGAAAAGCCCCUUUCCUCUUCUUUCAGUGAGGAUGGUGAACUGGGAGCUGUUGGUGGUUUGGAUGCCAAGGAUUUUGUUGACGACCUAUUUUCAAAAGCCACUUCUGUCACCGCCGAGGUCCACCAACCUGAGAAUACCAACCGAUACGUGAUGUGCCCCAGUCAUGAAGCCACAAGACUCCAUACAAAUGUACUCACAGAACAUCCACGUUACAGUUCUGCUUUAGAGGAAGGGACUUUGGAAGAGCUCUUGGCUGGACAAGGGUCCAGAUAAUAAGAGCACAAACUUGAUGCUUCUUAAAGACUUCUUCAAGAGUUCUAAUCUUGACUUAGGUUGAAAACUACCUUUUUAAACAACUCUCCAAGCAUUCCUAUUUCAUACUAAGGCAUUGGCGAAGCAAAAAAUUUCCUUGGUCUUCCAGCUUUCCUCUGGCAAUAUAUGAAGUAUGGCUAGAUAGUCAUAAAAGCACAGCCUCGACAAUGUUUCCACAAGCCAUUUAUAUUGUGUUACAGUGAACUAUGUAAAAAAAUUGUACAGAGACUCAGAGCAUCCCAAUACGUGAAUGCAACAUACAGUGACUUACUAGGAGGACCUACAUUUCUUUCAGUGAAAUAUAUAAAGAAGAGUGCAUGAUGUUUCUACAACUCUCAGCUAAAAAGACCAGUUCUUUGCCAUAGUCAAAGGGAGGUUAAUUGAAUGAAUGAUAAAAUGGACAAACAAAAUUAUUUUGUAUUUUAUUUUUAAGAAUUACCUGUGUUUUACAAGGAUGUGUAAGAGUCACAUUUAACUUUCACAUUUUGCAGUAUUCAAUUUCUCUAUGUACGUUAUACCAUCACUGGUGAUAAUCUACAAAAAAUAAGCCUUAUAGAUAUCAAUGUCAUAGUUUUAAUUUUGCUUGUGAAACCACUAAUGUUCUAUGGAUGGAGAGUGGUUUUAGGUCAUCCUAAUGGCUUGCACCAUUAGCCUUGUCUAUGGAGGCACAGUAAGCAGUGAACCAAGAAAUGCACAGAUGUAGUCUCACAUCUGGUGGGUUACAGUCUACUGCGCCAUGUCCAUCAACUGUGCAGUCACAACAGUGACUAAAUAUUGGUGUCUUUAGUCUUAUCUGUUCCCUAGGUACCCGGCUUAAGUCACAAAAUAGGAGUAAACGGAGAAUUUUACUAAUUCCCUCAACUCCGUCCUUGAAAACCUAUGAGGUUUUACAAUUACAGGUGAACAAUGUAGGGUAAGAUACUUUAAUUUAGAUUUGUUUUGUACAAAAGAAAUACGGUUCCCAAGAACAUUUGAAAUUUGAUAUACCGUAUUUAUUGGGGGUAUACCACGCACCGGCCUAUAACACGCACCCUUCAUUUUACCAAGGAUAUUUGGGUAAAAAAAGUUUUUUACCCAAAUAUCCAUGGUAAAAUGAGGGUGCGUGUGUGUGCAUGCGUAUACCCCGAUACACCCCAGGAAAGGCAGGGGAGAGCGGCCGUCACUGCCCGCUUCUCUCCCCCUGCCUUUCCUGGGGACUAGAGCUCUGCUGCCGCCGCUUCUCUCCCGCUGGCUAUCGGCGCCGCUGCCCAUUCUCUCUCCCUGACUAUCGGUGCCGGCGCUCCAUUG